AUGCUUCUAAGCCAGCUUCGGGAAUCGUUGGAGCGCACACGUGGCGGCUCCGCGGAGUGCCACGUGGCAGGCAGUGUGGUGUGCGUCCCACUUUCCGAACCUUACGGGAGGAGGGGGGAGGAGGAGGAGGAGGAGGAGGAGGAGGAGGAGGAGGAGGAGGAGGAGGAGGAGGAGGAGGAGGAGGAGGAGGCGGAGGAGGAAGAGGAGGAGGAGAAAAGGGAAGAGAGAAGGAGAGGGGGAAGGCAAAGGGAAGCUUACCAUCUCGUGUCUAUCACACUCGAUCCUCUUCUGCGUGGCGGCGGUAGGGAGGAGAAGGAGGAGGGGAAGGGGGAAACGGAGGAGGGAAGGGUGGGGAGGGAGAUGAGGAAGGAUAAAUUUGGGGACGGGAGGGCGGAGGAGGGGCAAGAAGGGAGGAGUGAACAGAGAGAGGGAGACGGAAAGGUGAUGAGAGUAAUCAAGAGCCACUCCUAUGGUGAGGAGAAGGCGAAGAGAGUGGAGCAAGUUCGGAAAAGGCUACCUGGCCCUCUUCCUGCCUCUUCCUCUCUUGACACUUUUGAGAAUUCUCAAAAGCAAUCUCUUCUCAUUCCUAAGCCUUCUUUUCCCAAGCUACCUGGCCCUUCUAUCCCUGCCUCUUCCUCUCUUGACCGUUCCAUCUUCCCUCACCUCUCCUCCUCCUCUUCCCCUCUCUCUUCCCCUCUCUCCUCCCGUCUCUCCUCCCCGCUCUCCUCCCCUCUCUCCUCCCCUCUCCUUCGUUCCCCUCGCCCUGUUCCGGCUCCUCUCUCCCCUCCCUCCCCUCCCACGGCCAAUAGCAGCAUCCCCGUUACUAGCACACUCAAUAGCAGCAGCUCCGUUACUAGCACACUCAAUAGUGGCACGACUAGCAUCAGCAUAGCUGCUGGGGCUAUGACUGGGCAAUUGGUGGUGGUGGAGGAGGGGGAGGAGGAGGAGGAGGAGGAAAAGGAGGAGGAGGAGGAGGAGGAGGAGGAGGAGGAGGAGGAGGAGGAGGAGGAGGAGGAGGAGGAGGAGGAGGAGGAAAAAGGAGGGGGUGGACUCAAAAUUCGGGAGGGGGAGGAGGAGGAGGAGGAGGAGGAGGAGGAGGAGGAGGAGGAGGAGGAGGAGGAGGAGGAGGAGGAGGAGGAGGAGGAGGAGGAGGAGGAGGAUGAUGAGGAUGGUGAUGAGUUUACCCCGAUUGCCAUGCCGAGACUUUUGUAUGGACCCAAAAGUCAGGAGAGCAAUGCUGGGGAUGAUGGGGAUGAUGGUGAUGAGCUUACUCCGAUUGCCACGCCUAUAGCAACUGCUGUGGCCGUUUCACCAUCCAACUCCCCUGUGCUUCUUUGGAGGAGGAAUGAAGGGGAGGAAGGAGGACAAGAGGAGGAGGAGGAAGAGGAGGAUGAGGAAGAGUUCACUCCGAUUGCUGCUCCUGUGGUCUCUCACUCCUUGUCUGCACUCGAGCAGCAAAAACAGUCCAGGUUCAAUGAAUCUCCAAGGGCUGCUGCUGCUCCUGCUGCUGCUGCUGCUCCUGCUGCUGCUGCUGCUCCUGCCGCUGCUGCUCCUGCCGCUGGUGCUAGUAACAUUACAGGUGGUGCCGUUGCAGGUGGGGUUUCAGUAGGUGAAAUUUCAGGUGGGGUUUCACUAGGUGGUACCGGUGGGAGGCCCAGGCACAGGCAGUGCCAGUCGUUUUCCGGCUUUGACUUUGGCUCAGAUGCACCGGGACAGGCGUUUCCUGAGGCACAGCCUCAAAAGCGCAGGUUCAGUGUAUCUGGACAGGCAAUGUUUGAGGCGCAGCCUAAAGUGGUCAGGUUCAAUGUACCUGGAGAAGACGACAGGGGGGAGGCGGGUGGCGGGGAAAAUCCGGGGCAAACGGGGGGAUUGGAGCAACUGAGGGCACGACGAGAAGAGGAGACGGGAUGGGAAGAGGGUGUGAUGAGCAGCAAAGCACGGUUCGCCAUCCCAAGGGGAAGAACUGAAAUCUUGAGGGCUGCUUCUGCUGCUGCUGCUGCUGCUCCUCCUGCUGCUGCUCUUGCCGCUGCUGCCGCUCCUGCUGCUGCUCGUGCUGCUGCCGCCGCUGCUGCUGACAGUGAUGGGGUUUCAGGUGGUGGAAAUUCAGGUGGUUGGGCAUCGUCAGGUGAAAUUUCAGGUAGUGGGGGCAGUGGUAAGACCAGGCACAGGCAGUGCCAGUCGUUUUCCGGCCUUGACUUCGGCGUGAAUGCGUGGGUUAUGGGGAGCGACAAAGACGGAGGGAGAGGAGUGGCUAUAGCAAGCACAGGGCGUAGAGAGGAGGGCUUGAGUGUCCCCAAGAGGGGUGCUCAAGUCUCCUCGAGGGGUGGUGGGCAGCAGGGACAUGCGCUCUCCUCCCUCUUCCAAUCCGAAGGCGCCACGUGUCCCGCCUCUGUCACGGGCCUGGCGCACGUGUAUCAGCUGAAUCCGCGCUUCGGCGCGCAUUUUGAGGGCGAGGCGGAAUUCGCGCAGUGGGAAUCGCGGUGCGGGGGAGGCGGGAGAGACGGAGGAGGGGGAAGGAGAGGGAGAAGGGGAGGGGGAGACGUCGGGGGAAGUGGGGAAGAAGGGAACGAUGGUGUUUCUAACGAAGAGUCUCUUAUGGGAGGGGGGGAGUAUAGCCUGAGUGACUAUAGCGCAGGUGCCUCAAGAGGAGGUGAUGACGUGGCAGGCAGAAGGGAGCGACGUACAUGGGAAAGAAUGUGGAAAGGGAGGGCGGGAAGCGGGAGCAGAGGGGGGGAGAUGGGGGAGGCGGGGUUGGGGGAGGGGAAGGGGAGGGAGAGGGGAUGGAGGGAAGGGGGGGACUGGGGGGAGGGGAAGGAGUGGAGGGAGGAGGCCGGGUUGAGAAGGCUGAGGCGAUUGCUGCAGAGGGAUGAGGAGAGAGUUCAGGUGAGAGUUCAGGUGAAAGUUCAGGUGAUGGCUCAGAUGAAAGGUCAGGUGAGAGUUCAGGUGACGGUUCAGGUGAGAGUUCAGGUGAGAGUUCAGGUGAGGGCUCAGGUGAGAGUUCAGGUGAGAAUUCAGGUGAGGGCUCAGGUGAGAGUUCAGGCGAGAGUUCAGGUGCGCAGCAGGCAGCACAGUGCAGCAGUGGCGACAGCAGCAGGUGCCACAGUGCCAGGUGGCGGGCUGCGAUUGGUCAAGGGGUCGUCGGCGGCAGUGACUCGCAUUCAUGGGCGCAUCUUCCCCGAGGGGGGGGUGUGGGGGAUGGGUGUGGGGGAUGGGUGUGGGGGAUGGGUGUGGGGGAUGGGUGUGGGGGAUGGGUGUGGGGGAUGGGUGUGGGGGAUGGGUGUGGGGGAUGGGUGUGGGGGAUGGAUGUGGGGCCUGGGGGGAUGGGUGUGGGGCCUGGGGGGAUGGGUGUGGGGCCUGGGGGGAUGGUCCCCGCCCCUAUCCCCCCCCUACCCCCCCCUAUCCCGCCCUUAUUCCGCCCCCUAUCCCGCCCCUAUCCGCUCCCUAUCCCUCCCCUAUUCCGCCCCCUAUCCCUCCCCUAUUCCGCCCCCUAUCCCUCCCCUAUUCCGCCCCCUAUCCCUCCCCUACUCCGCCCCCAUCCCUUUCCUAUCUCCCCUCCCUUUCAGGCUAUACUACAUAGCAGUGGGACUUGGCACGUCCCGCCCCUCGCACCUACUCUCCGGACAUAGGCACGGGCAGCGGUGGCUUGGCAGUUUACUUUUGAGGCGCCUCAUAACUAGACACGGGCAGCCACGUCUCCUGGCUGGCUUGUCACUCCCCUUUCAUGCCCCUUCACCCCACCCCUCGUCCCCCCCCCUCCCCCCCAGGCUAUACUACAUAGCAGUGGGACUCGGCACCCCUCCGCGCACCUACUUUCUCGACAUAGACACGGGAAGCCAUGUCUCCUGGGUGGCAUGCGAUGCUCCCUGUCACCCUCCUCUCAUGCCCCUGCUAUACUACAUAGCAGUGGGUCUCGGCACGCCCCGCCCCUCGCACAUACUUCUCAACAUAGACACGGAAAGCCACGUGUCCUGCGUGGCUUGUCACUCUCAUCUCAUGCCCCUGUGUCCCCCACUUCCCAAUUCCCCUAUCCCUCUCUCUCCCAGGCUAUACUACAUAGCAGUGGGUCUCGGCACGCCCCGCCGCAUCCCUCUCCCCCACCAGGCUAUACUACAUAGCACUGGGACUUGGCACGCCCCCCCGCACCUAUUCCCUCGACAUAGUCACGGGCAGUCACAUGCUGCUCCAGACAUGCCAGUAUCCCUAUUUCCCCUUUCUCCUCGUCUCUCCCCUUACUCCAGGCUCUACUACAUAGCAGUGGGUCUCGGCACACCCCCCCGCACCUACUUUCUCGACAUAGACACGGGAAGCCAUGUCUCCUGGGUGGCGUGGGACUCUGUUGCGCUCAGGUGGGACUCUGUUGCGCUCAGGUGGGACUCUGUUGCGCUCAGGUGGGACUCUGUUGUGCUCAGGUGGGACUCUGUUACGCUCAGGUGGGACUCUGUUGCGCUCAGGUGGGACUCUGUUGCGCUCAGGUGGGACUCUGUCGCGCUCAGGUGGGACUCUGUUGCGCUCAGGUGGGACUCUGUCGCGCUCAGGUGGGACUCUGUUGCGCUCAGGUGGGACUCUGUUGCGCUCAGGUGGGACUCUGUUGCGCUCAGGUGGGACUCUGUUGCGCUCAGGUGGGACUCUGUUGCGCUCAGGUGGGACUCUGUUGCGCUCAGGUGGGACUCUGUUGCGCUCAGGUGGGACUCUGUUGUGCUCAGGUGGGACUCUGUUACGCUCAGGUGGGACUCUGUUGCGCUCAGGUGGGACUCUGUUGCGCUCAGGUGGGACUCUGUUGUGCUCAGGGCCCCAACCCAUGGGCCCCAACCCAUGGGCCCCAACCCAUGGUACAAUCCCUCCCACGCGCCUCUCGGCCCCAACCCAUCGUACGAUCCCUCCCAUGCCUCUCUCGUGCUCUGCCUGCUCUUUACCCCUCCCUUGCAGCCCUGCUUAUUCCUAUGCUGCUCUUUUGUGCUCCCAUUUACCCGCCCCCUCCCCCCAGGGCCCCAACCCAUGGGCCCCAACCCAUGGUACGACCCCUCCCAUGCCUCUCUGGUGGACUGCCGUUCCGACCUCUGCCAAGCCGCACAGACAGGCUUCAUCCGAGGCUGCUCCUCAGGCUCGGAAGGUGCCGAAGCUGAGGGUGUGGCUGGGGGGGGUAUGGGGAUGAAGAAAGGGGAGGGGGUUCACACCAAGCCACGGCAUUUACAAGAGGCGUCCAGAGGGGUUAUGAAUGGUACCAGCAGCGUUGCAGCAGGUGCUGCUAGUGCUGCUGGUGGUGCUGGUGACAGCAACCAGAGUGACAAUAACGAGGGUGACAGCAGCAGCAGCGGCCAGUGUGACUAUGACAUAGUGUACGCAGACGGAAGCAGCUCCCAGGGUGUGCUUGUAACGGAUAGGUUACUGUUCCUGCACCCCUCAGGCACACUCAAGGCCGCGCAAUUCACAUUCGGCUGUGCAUACGACCAGGAGGGAGAUCUCACCGUCUCCCUUCCACUACCUGCAACAUGUUUGAAGAAGUGUUUUGAGACGUCUCAAAACACGUCUCCCUUCCACUACCUGCAACAUUCACUUCCCUCCUACCUCGUCCCCUUUCCCCAUUGCCCCUGCCCUGCCUCCCCAAACCAGCUGUGCCUACGACCAGGAGGGGGAUCUCGACGUUUCCUCUGCACCCACACCUCAUCACUUUCCCCUUUUCCUGCGCUUGUCCCCCCUUUCCCACCCUUCCCCCCAUCCCCACACCCCACAACCAGCUGUGCAUACGACCAGGAGGGGGAUCUCGCCGUCUCCCCUGCUCGCUCCGAUGGGUUGCUGGGUCUCGGCCCAUCCAACCUCUCGCUCCCUGCCCAGCUGUCCAGAGCAGGGGCGGGGCGAAACGUGUUUGGCCACUGUCUCGAUUCGGCAGUAUCUGGGGGAGGUUACUUCUUCAUAGGGGAAGCGCUUUUACCCAGCACCCUCACCUGGACCCCCCGUGCUGCCACCAGCGACAUCCGCUACUACCACGCAUCCCUCCUCCGCAUCUCCUAUGGUUCCAAGAAGCUUCCCAUCGACGAUCCCAAGGCGCUCCACAAUAAGCACGCAGGCUCUGCCUCUGCUUAUAACGAGGAUGGUGGAGUGGAGAGCGGAGGGGCAAUAUUUGACUCGGGGUCGUCAUUUGCAUACCUGCCUGCUGCACCAUUUGACGCACUGCUAGAGAUGGUAUCAGCCGAUGCAGCAGCAGCAGGCAUGCAGGCAGACACCACCGUGACUGUGCUACCGCACUGCUGGCGGGCGGGUAAAGGGGCAGCCGAGAUCAGGUGCGUGGGAUGGGGAGAGUUGGGAUAG